AUGUACAACCGCAAUCAAAACCAGCGUCAGAACCCUCAGGAUAUCCCUAUCUUUGUGGAUCAUUCGGUAACACCAGCUGGGGUGUUGCAAAUUAACAGCAACAACCCAUUUAUCCUACAGCCUAUUGCUAAUAACCAACAAACGCAGCACCCAGCCCGACUUGCUCAUCCAACAACGAUGCCAUUCCCAGUUGAGUAUUGGAGGGCUAAUACAACCCUGCCAACGGAUCCAACGUCCCCCACUGUGCUCUAUGCAGACCCCCAGGCAUAUGCAAGAGCUCAUACUACUGAAUAUCCUCCUCAAGGGCAGCCUGUUACUAUACAGGUGCUGCCAUUUGGAUACUAG